GGCUAGUUAUCUUCAGGGCGUUUAUUUGCUACUUUCUCGUUAGUUCUCAGUCUUAUCACCACCCUGCUUCUGAACCCCAAACCCUAAACCCUAAUUCUCCUAUCGCAUUAUCACUAAAAUCUCUAUACGUCUCCUUGGCAAUAAUAUCUCUGCAUUUAGGAUGCCGUGCCGUUCGUAGAAGAAAGAAGAAUUUCAAUGCCGAUCUCUCUUCUAAACCUCUCCACCUCCACCUCCACCUCCCCCUUCCCUUCUCUCCUCCCUUCCCACCACUCCCAAGUCGAUCCUCCCUUCUCCUUCCCUCACCGGCCGCCCCCACUAACCGCGGCCUCCGGAGGCGGCUCCGGCGACCGAUGCCGCGCGCUUGCGGCGAAGAAGCCGGAAUUCUUAUCGGUGAUAGACCGGGCCAUGGCCGAGGAGGAGGAGUACCGGCGGGCGAGGGCGGAGGUCUGUCGUAAGGGCGUGGAUGUUGAGGGCUACUUCAUCGAGGGGGUCUCCGUGGGAGGACACGAGACGUGCGUGGUGGUCCCCAGCCUCAACGCCGCCUUCGACAUCGGGCGCUGCCCUCCGAGGGCUAUCCACCAGGACUUCCUCUUCAUCACCCAUGCUCAUCUCGAUCACAUCGGGGGUCUUCCAAUGUAUUUAGCAACUCGUGGCUUAUACAGUUUAAAACCCCCAACAGUAUUUGUGCCACCAUGUAUUAAAGAGGAAGUGGAGAAGCUGCUUGAAAUUCACCGGACCAUGAGUCAAACUGAACUUAAACUUGAGUUAGUUGCACUUGAUGUGGGGGAGACCUAUGAAAUACGUAAUGACCUUGUUGUCAGACCAUUCAGAACUCACCAUGUUAUACCCAGCCAGGGAUAUGUCAUUUAUUCAGUGAGAAACAAACUGAAAAAACAGUAUGCCCAUUUGAAGGGUGCUCAAAUCAAGAAGUUGAAGCUCUCUGGUGUUGAGAUUACAGACACCAUAUUAUCUCCAGAGGUUGCCUAUUCGGGAGAGACAAUGUCAGAUUUCAUUCGCGAACCACGAAAUGCAGAUGCUCUGAGAGCAAAAAUUCUUAUCACAGAGGCAACUUUCCUAGGCGAAGCAAAUGACAUCGAACAUGCACGAGAACAUGGUCACAUGCAUUUCUUUGAGAUUAUGGAGCACGCUCAGUGGUUCCGCAACAAGGCUGUCCUACUUACCCACUUCUCUUCCAGAUAUAAGCUUGAGGAUAUCCGCCAAGCUAUAUCAAAGCUGCAACCAAAGCUAUCUGCAAAGAUUGUUGCUCUCACAGAAGGCUUCAAAUCAAAUUACUUGUAGCAUAUAACCCUGUAUGCAUUCAAUAUAAAAGUUUAAUGUAAUUUUCCAUGACUAGUUCAGUGUACAUCCGAUAUUACAUCACUAAUUCAGUAUUCUGAACCUUUUCUUGCUGUAUCUGUACAAGCCGCCACUGUUAACAUCACUAUGUACGUCAUUUACAUUU